ACACAAACUGGCAACUGGCAAGUCGUGGUAGAUCUUUGGUUUCUCUGCUGUUUUCGAACAGAAAACGCGUUCUCCUUGCAAAGACUUGGCAGGAAUUUACGCUGUAUACAUGUAUCGAAUGUACGAGUGAUCCUCGAUGUAUGAGUACCCACUACCCUGUGACAUGUCAAUGAUGGUUAUCGAACUGUCGUUGGCUGUUGAUUCAGUCGCAUAACAGGAAGGAAAGCAGAUUUUCUAGCUGCCGAGGAAUGCCCAAUACGUCUAGUGAUGCUUGACGUUGAGAUGGCGCCGACACCGGCAGGUACAACCUGCGAAAAUGGAAAGGCCCCUAAUCCUGAGCGCCGGGAUUCUCGUCAGGAGAGUUCCCGCGCCGAAACUCUGCUCAUCCUGGAUGCGUUCCUCAGACGUUCGCUCAGCAGCAAUGACACGUCUCCCCUGCGCUGUUUCUACGAGAACGACUUCCCAACAAUCGCGGAAUUUGUCGGCAACGAGAAAGCUAAAUCCGCACCAGCCACUACACUGUCUGAAGCAGGACAGGAUAAAAAUGGAGUUAGUGCAGCUGAGAUUUCUAACGGAACCGCGCCGACGAAACGAAGUACUUCUCCCGUGAAAAGACGCGACAUAGCCGCUCAAAUGCGCCGCACUGCCAUUCGGCCACGCAGCUACUCGGAGGCCGUGCGCUGCCUGGCGCCACCUACCGGUAAGCGUUGUCAGAGUCUCGACUCGAAGCUGCCGUACAGCGUGAACGUGGCUGCCGACUCCCCGUCAAAGUCGAGCAAGAAGUGGCCUCUCACGGCGUUGUUCCAGCAGAUACGGUUCGGAAGGAAGCUGCGUAAGAUGGAAUCUCGCGAGAAGAACGCGCUGAAGAAGAGCCGCAGCCUCCCGUCCGCACCUGGUGCCGUUUUGCUGUCAGAUGCAUCAGAUGCAAGCAUGGGGAAUGGAGCAAAAGGUGGCAUGGCCCAGCACGCACGCAUGGUGCCAAGCAGCAUGGCAAUGGGGGAGGAGGUGGCACAGGGCACCCCCACACAUAAAGGAUUAUCGGACACCUCUCCGUCGACUAGCAUCAGUGAUGAAGAAGCUGAGACCAAUGCUUCAAAUCGUAAGAAGAAGAGUAUGCUGAGUCGUCUGAAGUCCUCAUUUUCGCUGGGCAUGCGUGAUAGCAAUCUCAGUAAGUCUGCACCUGAUGAGAAAGGCAAGCGCAAGUUUUCAUUCUACUCCUUCACUAGCAAGGCAAAGAAAUCGUAUCAGAAGGAGGAGGAAGAAGAGGAACGGGCGGCGGUGAAAGAGAAGCGACGAUUGGCACCAGCUCUCCCAGAGACUGGUGGAGCUGCUCCAUCUGUAAUACCUGAUGUAGAAUCUGAUGACGAGCUGGUGGUUGCAGAUGGCAGCAGCAGGCGUGCUUCUGAUCACGUAGAUCGCACAUCGGAGAGUGCGCGCAGUUCCACCCCUGCCAGCAACGACAGAUUGGCACCGCCUGGCACGCCGACAAGACCGGCUGGUUUUAAAGAUGUUCUUGAGCGGGUAGAUAGCACAAAGGGCCUGGAUUGCAUCUUGCUGGAUGACGAUGGCCUGGAUCCAUCUAUCAGACGUGAACGGAGAGUAUCGAUGUCGUCAUUGUCUGCUGUGGACCCCGAUCGGCUGGUUGGUAGUCCGACCCCAUCCGAGCCAAUAGCAGUUCCUUCAUCACUGCAUCCACCACGAGUGUUCACUCAGAAGGUGUCACCAGUUUACGCGGACAGUUACCCAUUCUAUGAACAGACGCCAGAGGAGAAAUGUGAGAUUGCUGCCAAAAUAGCAGCAAAGCUGGAACAACUAUGCAUGCGGCAGGAGACCCAUGGGGCGAUGUCACCGCGAUCUAGCCGAGAAAUGGACAUGUACCAGCGCAUUAUGGAGCAGCUGAAGUCCAACACGAUGUCAACACAAGACACGCGGGAGACUCGCAGCGACAGUUUCCGUGACUGUGGGGGGACGGAUGGACCUAGUUCAUUAGAAAAAGAAAUAUGUGACCAAAUUAACUUGAAUAUAGAAGCCGUGUCCACUGAUAGACUAUCGAAAGUCAUUCAACCUCGUGCAAUCUUAGAUCUGAUUAGCAACGAUUCAUAUGUCCAGUUCUCCCAGACAGCAGAUGAUCAGGCCAUGGAUAGUAGACAUCAGGACCGACUGACACAGCUGGCGCUAGUGUUCGGUCUCACCAAACUCGCCCUGCUUGCUGUAGGAAUCGGUUCGACAGCAGCCAAGCAGAUGAAGUCAUACUUUACACAGUACAUACAGGACAAGUUUGCCGAAAUCGUAGUGGGCCCCGAAGGUUGGGAAAUGGUAAUGAAAGAUGAGGAGUGCAGCAGUCAAUCCAGUUCAGAAGAAGGGGACAUGCCAAUAGACUAAAUCUGACAGCCUGUCUAUGCUGCCGAUACAUUGUAAAUUACGUUCAGUAAUUUUCUAGCAUCUGCAUUCCCUAUACGUUCCCUGCAAUUAGCACCUGGACAUUGACAGAGCGAGAGACAGGGAGGCAGAGAGCGAGAGAGAGAGAGAGAGGCAGAGACAGAGAGAGAGAAUGAAGAGUUGCGAAAAGGCGAUUGGACCAAGUGUUUUUCUCGAGGGAAUCAAGAAAGCAUGGUAAUUGGAAAAUUCUGUUGAAAGAUGGCCAAAGUAACUGAAUUGUUACUCCUUUGUUCGUGAAUGUCCUUGAAAGUUCCAAGAUUCUUGGCAGGUUACCUACAGCAGCUACCUUAUUUACAUUUUUGUGUUGUUUUUAUUCCUGAAAUGAGGGCUGUGAGAUGGCAUCAGUACAUGUAAUCAUAGUUUAUUACCAAGUGUUGAUAUUUCGUCAUUCAACACUGCACUUGUAGGUGUGAUUUUAAUUCAGAUGCACAAAGUGCUGCCCCUGAGUGGUAUACAGCAUAUGGGUGGGUGGCACCACUAACCAGUUUUAAAUCGAUUCAUAUUUGAUUCCAAAUUGGAAUGAAAUUUGUAGUUAUAGUUCCAAGCGAAUUGUGAUACGCUUGUGGUGCCAAAAGAGACUGAUGUCUUGUAAAGGUGCUGGAAGUUCCAUAUUAUUUUAUAAUAACUUGUCAGUACUUGUUUUCCCGUCCUUGUCGUGGCUCAAUGCUGUCAACUUGUCACGACACUCAUUGUACAACUCAUUGUGGCUAAGCAUAAUAAUGAGCUGAAAUGAGCAGGUGCAUGAAAUGGAAGUUGCAGACGAGCAGAAAUUUUCUUGUAGGCACUAUGUUAUUUUAAUUGUAAAUCCCGUUUUAAUAAUCAUCUAUUCAAAGUUUUUCUUUGUACCAUGAUGAACCGUAACUGUGUGGAUAUGCCAGUACACUUUUAACUACCUGCAGUAUUAAAAUUAACAAGAGGUUUUUAUGAACGAGCAGGUUUAUUUGAAAUGUUAAUUUUGAUGUUACGGUGGUAGCUAUAUGCUGACGUAUCCGUCUAUCAUUUAGAAAUGAAUAAAACUACCGAAAUGCGUCUCAAGUAUGAUAGCAAUUUAGUAGAACUGGAGAACAAUCUAUGAAGAGUGUGUAUUUAUAAACAUCUAUUAUGUGCGACUGAGCUAUAAAUACAUUUUCUGCUAGUUAGUCCCUUCUAAGCUUAACCUCAUAGAUUUAUUACCUAACACAUCGGUUUCUCUCGUUGAUCUGUUUCGUUUGAAUCUUUUUCGUAAAUGUUUUUUUUCGAUUUCCAGAGUUCACCUCUUGAAAUCUGUUGAUUAUAGGCUGGAUUCCAGGGAUUUAGGUUGUUGUGAAACUAUUAAUGCACCUCCACAGGUUUAUGUAUUGAUGACCCCCCCCCACCACGCAACUGGUAAUUGAUGAGUCUGAAGAGGUUGUCAUGGACCAGCAACAACUGUGUGAAUUGCUCAUGUAUUCUAGGAAUAGGUGAUAGACAGUGGUGGCAGACGGGAGAUCUGAACGACGAACGCGGAGCAUUUCGCGGACAUAAAAAUUCGCGAAGGCUGCUACAGGGAUGUGUGCGUGUGCGCGCGCAUUUACUCGCUCACAAAAUGAUUUAAUAUGUAAAUAUGCUGGCUAGUAACUAGCGUGCUAUGCUUCGUUUCAGUAACGCGAUGUGUGCUGUUUGUUACUAGGAACGAAUAUUGUUAUACAAUAAUGAUGAACACGCUGUGAUAAAUAUUUGACACCCGUUUUCUGUGCAUUCUGAACGAAGAGGAAGUUGUGUGUCCCUCGCCAUGUGUUGUCCAUGACAAGAUACACUGUAUAGGCAAGUCUUGUGUUCAGUCUGUUCUUACGUUUACUUACAGAUUCUUGUUUUCAUGAUUACACCACUUGCAUUUGCAACGAGGUUGUUCGAAGGUAUUCUCUUUACAGAUGUCUCCCAGCUAGGAUUAUUUCAAUUAACAUAAUGAAACAAGAUCCACUGUUAUACACAUAGAAAUAAUACACUACUCUCUACUUCUCUUCUUUCUUUCUAGUUUAGCGUCUCUAUAUAUUUCUUACUUACACAUUACUUGCUCUAAUUUGAAUUGUCUAUGUGUGGCAUCGCAUUUGAAUGUACAUAAUUAUGCAUAGUGAUAUUAGUUGUGAUUGAGAUGAAUACAGAAAUUGACGUGCAAUACACGCGCUCAUCAAUUCAUGCAGUGAGAUUAUUUCCAGUGAUACCCAUACACCUAGUUUUCCAUAGACUAGAAAUUGAGUGAUAUGAUAUUAACAGGAGUAAAUAAUAAUAGAUUCUCUAUUAUUAUUCACUCCUGAUAUUAAUACGAGGCUUUGCACCACCGUCGUCUGAUCUUUGCUUUACACUCGACUUGUGGACAUAUGUAUAUUUUGAAAUUCAGUAUGUAAAUAAAAUGAUAUAAGUUCUAAUUACACAACUAAUAGUUAACUGAUAAUUAAUCACGAUUUUCCAAUAUUGCACCACACUGCAGCAAUACGAAAGCUGUAAGAUAUUUACGUACUCUUUUCCAGAAAAAGAGUUCAUAAAGACAAUCCAAAUACAUUACAUAGUAUUUAUGUGGAUACAGUAACUAAAAGAAUUGAUCGGGUUAACAAGAUUUUGAAUUAGUCGCCACGAUACAAUCUUUUUCGCUGGCACACACUUACAAAAUAAAAGUAGUUGAGAAGCUAGAUCGACACCACCAAAAGAAUUCAUGUAAUAUAUAACACCAGAUAGAAUUUAUUGUACAAUACAAGUUACACAUGCUAUCAGGAGUAAAUAAUAGAGAUCUCUAUUAUUCACUCCGGAUGCUAUCAUCCUUGUGAUUAAAAUAAUUUCAUUACAGAAAACACUAGAAGCCAAUAAACGUAUAACAUAAUAUGUAAUAACGUAAAUAAACAUGAUUUUAUGAUUGUCGUAAUGUAGUAGCAGAUAAAAACCACACAUCCAUCAAUUAAGAAAUAAAAGAGAAGAGAGCCAUUAAGAAAAAACGUACGGAAUUUAUAAUAUACUCUUGCUAUCUAUAAUAUGAAACUUCCAAUGAUUUCAUGUUCAUGUGAAUACAUUGAGUAUCUUGAUUGUUUUUU